CCCUCCCCGGCAGGGACGGGGCUCCUGAGAGGGAAGCGGGUGGCGGUACAAAAGCGCGCCCCGUGGAACUCCCCGCCUCGAGUGGGGACGAGGCUCCUCUAAAGGCCUGGAGCCCCAGAGCUGCCAAAGCGGGGUCCAGGCCGCCCGCCCAAAGGAGCAGAGCUGCGGCGCGGGGGCCAUUGUCCAGACGUUCCUAGUCUGCUCCCGCAGGGCUUCUCUCCGUCGGGGCAGAAAAGGGGACGUCGGCGCCCCACCUGCGGUCCCAACUCGCCCUGCCAGGCCCCCUGGCUGGACAGUCGGGGGGGCCUGCUGCCCCAGAGCCCGAAGGGGCGCCCGGGGCAGGCAUCAGGAGGCAAGGCAGGGGGACGUCGCCCGCAGCCCGCCUUUCCCACGGGCGCCACCCCGGGCAGCGAAUGACCCCCUGUCGGGACCCAUGGCGAGCAAGGCGGCGGGGCUGCAACUUGUAAGGCAGGAGCCGGCCAGGAGCGCAGGCAGGGAAACGCCGCACGGGGCGGCACAGUUGCAGCCGCAUCCUCAGAGUGACGCGGGGCCGACACCACGGACAGUGCCGAUUGCGGCGAACUGGCAGGGGGGCAACAGGCCGCCUCGUCCAAGGCAGGCGCGUCAUUGCGAUGCCGGAAGCCGAGCGUGGCUCUCUCGCUCGCCGUGCCUCUUUGGCUUCAACCAGCCUAUCGAGGCGCGGCUAGAGCCGGCCGGCGCUCCUGCGCAUGCGCCCCUCGAGGCCCAGCCUUCCCGGAGCCCGGCCGCCAUCUUGCUUCCGGGGUCUGGCCACCGGGAGGCGGGAGGAUGGAGCCCGGUGGGGCCCGUCGCGAGAAGCCGCCGCCGCCGCCCCCGCCCAAGGCCCGGGAGCAGGCCGGCAGCCGCGGGGAGAAGGCCAAGCAGCGCGCGGCCCAGCAGGAGCUCAAGCAGCGGCAGCGCGCCGAGGUGGGCGGGGCCGCGUCGCGGAGUGGGCGGGGCUAAAGCGCAGAUUUAUGCCCUCAACCGAGUGAUGACGGAACUGGAGCAGCAGCAGUUCGAUGCCUUCUGCAAGCAGAUGCAGGCGUCGGGCGAGUGAAGGCGUUCUUCCUGCGUGGGACGGAGCCCCGAGCGUGGCUUCAGCCCUCGAACAGACAGACAGACAGCCGGAGGGGCUUCUCCAACACCAGCCCAUCUGCACCCCAGCCAACACCCAACUCUGUGCUUCUCUCUUGGGUGCUCCGUUCCAUCCUCUCUGUUUUGCAACUCUCUUUUUUAACUCUAUUUAUUACUGUGGUUUGAGAAAUAAACGUUUAAAGAAA